AUGGAGGCUUCUCCACCCCCUCUAAUGCAAGCCACUACAAUAUCCAGUGCUCCCCUUGUCAACCUCACAUCCCAAGCACCAUGGGGACCUGAGAAUAUCUACUUGGCUACACCCCAUCCUUCCCAAUUCCCAUACUCAACCAGAUCACCUGAACCGUGUGGCAAGAUCCUUGUCAGAGACACGAUCUACACAAUUAAAAGGAUCCUGUUUGCAGGUCAUGGUCUUGUUAGUCGUGGAACUGUUUGUUAUUUGGUCUGUUUGGAUGAUGAAGAAUUUAUCAUCAAGGACCACUGGGUUCAGGGUAGGGAGGACCAAGUGGUCCUGAAUGAGAUCAAUAUGUUAAAGCACAUGUCUGGCAUCCCUGGAGUUCCUGAACUGGUGGAUUGGUGGAUAGUUGAAAGGUCGAAUGGAGAAGCUGAUGUGACCAGUCGAUAUCGAAAACAACCCCAAUGCCUAAAGUUAGUGAAAGUGCUCAGGGACAUCGUCAUCAUUCAAUGCAUGGCGGUGGAAGAACACAAGGUUCUACAUUGCAACUGCAGUUUAAAUAAUGCAAUGAUCACAGAUGAGUUAGGAGGUGGUAGUAGGGGGUUUCUAAUCGACUGGGAGUUCAUGGUGCACAUCAACCUAGAUCUGAAAUAUGCCAUCGGUGGUAUGGGUACAAUCCCUUUCAUGUCUCAUGGGCUUCUCACUCAGCUCUCAGAUGCACAGCAGGCAGCACUGAUAUCACAUGUCAUUCAAAGUUUUUCAGAUGACCUUGAGUCUCUUUUCUUCAUAUUCAUCUGGAUCUGCAUCAAAUUCUGUGGUCCCAAUGGCCAGGUGCACCAGGAUCAAUUAAGAAACUCAAUACCUGAUUGCUGGAACAACAUGGACCUCAAAUCCUGCACUGCCUUCAAGGGUAACUUUUUUGCAACUGCAAAGGAGGAACACCAUCUCAUAGAUGAAAUUCACCCCUACUUCAAAGACUUGAUCCCUCUUGCCAAAGAGUGGUGUUCAGUAUUGAAGGACAACAUGGAGAACCCUGUUUCCUUCAACAACAUUCUUUUAUUAUUAAACUCUCACCUUGACUGUCUCCCGGAUGACAAAGAGCUCAUAUCCACUGUCAAGACACUGAGGGAAUCUGCAGCUAUUCUCACAGACCAUGUCAAGAAACACAUUGCUUCACAAUCUCUCCCUGUAGGAUUACCUGAGUUGAAGCAUCGGAAGUCUGAUGCUGAUUCUCAUGAUGAGUCAGACUGUUAG